AUGCCUUCCGUCCUCGGUCUGACCAAGGACCCCUCCCCCCACGGCCCCGGCGCCGAGGAGCGCGAGAAGAAGAAGAAGCCCCAACUCCAAGGCGGCCAGGACACGUCCGACAAGCAACUAGCCCACCGCGAGCGCAAACCCUCCUCCUCGCAAUCGCCCCCGCGCGACGACAAGCAGAAGAAGCCGAAGAAGGAGAAGAAGGAAAAGAAGGAGAAGCCCAAGCCCAAGCGCCGCGAGUACGACACGGACGACGAGUCCGAGGACGAGGGGCCCCUCAACACCAUCGCGAAGCGCAACCACGCAAAGGCCAUCGAGAUGGAGACGCUCCUCUGGGGCGCCCUCUGCCACAAGCCCAAGAGCGCCCUCAAGUACAUCGGCAAGGGCGCCAUCAUGUGCAACCCCCUGCUGUUCGGCGACCCGGAGGUCUACUCCGAGAAGUCGGAGCCCACCCUCAAGGAGGUUCUCAAGGACUGCGACCGCUACCUCAGCUACAAGAUGCACAAGCCCCAUACUGUUGAGAUUGGUCUGAUGGCCAUGGCUAUCUGCUACGACAUCACGCUGUUCCGCCAGGCGGAUGAUGGCACGCUUGAGAGCGAGGAGGCAACAGUCUCGACGAGCUGGAGGCAGUGUGCCAGUGGUGAUUGGGAGAUGACGAGCUCCAUGGCGGGAUGGCAGGAUUAG